UUCAUGUUUGUUAGCAGCUCCUUGUCUCUUGCUUUUUGAGUGCAGACAUAAUAUAUAUUUUGUUGUUCACGCCACUAAUGUAGCAGGAUAAUGAGUGAAACCUUUUUUUAUUCUCUAUUCUCUAAGAAGGUAAAUGUUUAAUAUUGGUUUAUUAUAGUUAAUGCUUUCUUAAAAGAGCGUAUGCUAAAAUGUCUUUGGAAUGUUAAUUUGGCUCUGUGCCAACCAGGGUGAGAGGAAGUUAAAGAUUACACAUACAGAGAUACCAUUUAGCUUGUAUAAAGAUAGAGGGGUAAGAACCAGCUCAUUUGUUGUUAGACCGUGUAUCUUCUAACCAGACAGUAUUUAGAUCCAUAUGUAACAGCUUGAGAGAUAUUUCAGACAAAUGUCAGCCCUGCUAAGGUCCUGUGCUCACAGUCUAAGAUCUGUGGAUGGACUCAAACACAGCAAGGCUCAGAAGUUAUGCAACAGUUUGCUCCAGUGGUGUCGGUCCCUCCAUGUGGACGGUCCUCCUCUCACACCCUCACUGAGCAGCAGCUAUGUGCAUGGCACCUCCUCCAUCUCUCUGCUCCCCCUGACUGUCGGCCAGAGCCUGGACUCCACUGUCGAGCGCUGGCCUGACCGUGAAGCUGUGGUCUUCCUGCAGGACGGCGUCCGGAAAACCUUUGCACAGUUUCAGCAAGAUGUUGACAAGGCGGCUGCAGGUCUGCUUGCUUUGGGUCUGAAGCGAGGAGACAGACUGGGAAUUUGGGGACCCAACACGUACGAGUGGAUCCUUUUCCAGUUUGCUUCGGCCAAAACCGGAAUUAUACUGGUUUCAUUGAACCCGGCCUAUCAAGUGAAGGAAGUGGAGUUUACUCUGAAGAAGGUCCAGUGUAAAGCUGUGGUCUGCCCUACCCGCUUCAAAACACAACCAUUCUGCGAGAUGCUGAGGGAGCUCUGUCCAGAGAUCAACACGGCGCCAGUAGGCAUGAUCAAAAGCUCCAGGGUGCCAGACUUGCGUAUGGUGAUUGUGACGGAUAGCAGACAGCCAGGCAUGUUCCACGUAGAGGAUGUGAUGCAGGCCGGGGAGAGUCAGCACCACAAAGAGCUGAUGGAUCUGCAGAGCAAGCUGUCCUUCGAUGAUCCCAUCAGCAUCCAGUUCACAUCAGGGACCACAGGGACUCCAAAGGGAGCCUGUCUUUCACACCACAACAUUGUAAACAAUUCCUACUUUAUGGGUCUCAGAGUAGGUUUUGGACGAAGACCUCAGGUGCGAGUGUGUGUGCCUGUACCCUUGCACCACUGCUUUGGCUCUGUGGUGGGGGGGAUGAGUAUGGCAGUGCACGGUAUCACACUGGUCUUCCCUUCCUCUGCCUACAACAGCCGAGCCAACCUCGAGGCCAUUCAAAGUGAAAAGUGCAAUUUCGUCUAUGGCACUCCCACAAUGUUCACCGACAUGCUUAACCAACAGGAUUUACACAAGUAUGAUUUGUCGUCAGUUGAAGCUGGCAUCAUGGCAGGUUCUCCAUGCCCUCCUGAGAUUGUGAGAAAACUGAAAACAGACAUGAACAUGAAAGAGAUAACAAUAGGUUAUGGAACCACUGAAAACAGCCCUAUCACAUUCAUGGGAUUCCCACAAGACAACGAUGACCUGAAGAUAAAUACUGUUGGAUGCAUCAUGAGCCACACUGAGGCUAAAGUGGUGGACCCUACUACUGGGGAGAUUGUCCCUCUGGGGGCCUCAGGAGAGCUGAUGAUCAGAGGCAGCUGUGUGAUGCAUGGAUACUGGGAGGAUCCUCAGAAAACCAGCGAGGUUAUUUCCCCAGACCGCUGGUACAGGACUGGUGACACAGCCAGUCUGAACAGUUUGGGAUACCUUUGCAUUGAAGGACGCAUAAAGGAUUUGAUCAUCCGAGGAGGGGAAAACAUCUACCCCGCUGAGAUAGAGCAAUUUCUCUAUACACAUCCGAAAGUACAGGAGGUGCAGGUGGUUGGAGUGAAGGACGAAAGGCUUGGAGAGCAGGUGUGUGCCUGCAUCAGGCUGAAGGAGGGCCAGACCUCCAGUGCAGAGGAGAUAAGAGCAUUCUGCAAAGGCCAGAUUUCUCACUUCAAAAUCCCCUACUUUGUGAUCUUCGUAGACAGCUACCCCCUGACACUCUCUGGAAAGAUCAAAAAGAACAUAUUAAAGGAGGACAUGGAGAAGAAACUAGGCCUCUAAUUAUGUGGACCCUGAUGGACUGUGUUUGAGUGCAUUCGUGGUUGCUAAGAGCUGGACUAAGACUCUAAGUGAUCAGCUGCUCUUGAUUGUCAUUCCUGGAAAUUGUUGUUUACAUGUUUAUAUACAAGUACAGUGAUCCUAC